UGAACGCAUUGAUGUUCUUGCUGCUGAUUUCCUUGGGACCGAUCCCGAUCCAGGGUGACGUGGAAUUCAAUAAUGUGCUCUGUCUUGUGAGGGACAGGAAGUUCAUGGACUUUGAAUAUUGCUACUUGAAGUCCGUCAAUCGCACCUACAAGUACCUUUCGGUCAAAACGAAAUUCCACCAUUUCCCCAUCGACAACGGCGAGGUCAGGUUUCAGUUGACGAGGCGGGAAAACGGACGAGUCCUGUACAAAUUUGAUUUUAAGGUAGAUGCUUGCAAGUUCCUUCGUGACCGCCAGAACGUAGUGGCCAAUUUGGCGUUCCAGACUUUUGAGCAUUACUCCAACAUGAACCACACCUGCCCCUACGAUCACGACAUCAUCGUGGACAAGUUGCCGGUGCAGCACGUGAACGGGGUGGUCCAGGCGAUAAUCCCCGAUGGCAGAUACUUAUCGAACAGCACCUUUAGGGUUGGGGGCAUUCCGCGUUUGGACAUCCUGGUCUACUUCAGCAAGAGCUAA